AUGUUCGAAAUGUCAGAAACGCCAUCGACAUCUGUAUCCUUACGCAUUCCGACCAUCUUCGACUCGGACUACUUACAGCCUCGUUAUCGCAACCUCUGGAGUGCUGAAGAACGAGCACGGUUCCAGAUGGUCAUCAUCGAGCUGGCGCCGGAGGCGACGAUGUGGCACGAGGAGCUUGUGGAAGUCUAUGCCCUCGAGGGAGAUGAUCAAGAGAUGAAGGUCGAAGACUUGGGCGACGAGAGGGCCGUGGCAAAGGAGGAAGAAGAGUCAGGUGACGAGGAGGUCAAAGAGGUAGUUGUGUCGGAGACGCAGCCCGAAUCGGCUUCGAGAACGGGACGGAAGCGUCGCCGAUCUUUGGGGUCUCCGCGAAGGUCUAAACGAAAGCUGGUUAGGACGGCGAGUGGGGCCAAACCAGCGUUUAUUGAUAUCGAUGGGGAUGACUUGCCUGGUAUUGCGGUCAAAUCCGAGGAGCUUUCGAACAUCAGCCAAAAACAGGAGGACGAGGACGAGGACGAGGAAGCGGACGAAGAGGACGAGCUAGAUAACGAGGACGACGAACUGGUCGACCCACCCGAUGGACUGGCCGAGAAAGUUGAGGAGUGGGUAACAGCUCUGCAAAUCCUCGUCAAGGGCAAGAAACGACUGAGGCAGCAGGAUCUGCUCAACCUCAAAGUGUACCUUGAAGACAUCCAUGUCCACCGAGCACACUUCAAGCCAGCAUCGACCCUUGCCCAAACAAUUUUCGCCGUGUCGCAGCUUGAUGCGAAUGAUGUCCCAUACAGAGAUGCCCUCAGCCUGCGAGCACUGGCAAAAAAAUCUGUCCGAGGAUGGGGCAUUCGCAAGCUGCGUGCUCGUUAA